AACAGCUGAUUUGUUGCAAAAGUUUAUAUGCUAUUUUCGGCAUAUUGGCACGUUUUAAUGAGGUACACAACAGUUGUAAGAAAUAAUAUGUAAACAAAUUGUUCUCAUAAGAACAUAAUAAGCUGCAUAUCAACUGAAUAAUUGAGAGCGCAAUCUUGUAAGAGUAAAUAUUUUAGCGCGCACAGGUCGCUACAAAUCGUUACCGCCUCGCAUCACUUGUAGACUCGUCAACGUCAUAGUACUUUCGCCACUGCCUAAAAUAGCUCGAGACAGGUGUUAUAGACGUAAUAAGAGCAAAUAACAAAGUCAGGCGAAGGAUGGUGUAUACCAGUGGCGAAAGGGGCCGUACAAACACUAGACGUCGUGUAGAUUGUUGACCAUGAGCGACGACAUUACACCCGGCAGUAUGUUCCCUACUAUGUUUGCCAAUUACAAAUUGUCAUUGCAUUAGUCAAAGGUGUGCUGCAGCAGCUGUUGCAUACGCAUUAUUCUUUGUCGUGCCAGCAACCAAGCGGACAUUCACCAAAUUUCGUUACAAUAGAAUUUAAUUUAAUUGAAGUCAAGUGCCAUAAUUAAUGAGUUAUUUCAAAAUCAAAACAAAACGAAAACGUCGGCGUAGACAAUGGCAAAUUAGCCCAAAGCCCAACGGCAGACAUACGCGGCGAAUAGAGCAAACCAAGGCACAUAAGUUUGCCACACGUUAACGCAUUUAGACGUUCUCAACGAUACGCAAAACAUGUAGCAUAUUUAAAUAUAAGGAAACCAAACAGAAAGAUUUAUUGUGCAAGCAAAGUUCUUUUGAAUAUACUAGAUCAAUUUGGAGUGAUAUUUUGCGUGGAAAAAUUCGUACAAUCAUUGUUAAAAAUACACUAAUAAUCUACAAAUUGGAAUGUAUGUGUUACCAUAUAUAAACUAAUAUAAAAACAUCGUUGUUAUAUAAUAGUUUGAUCCGCUCUGGCUACAUUCCUGCUGCUAAAUUUAUAUAACAAUUUAAUGAAGUGAUUUAAUGAAUAGAGGAAACGAGCGUGUUAAUAAAAUGUGGUAAAUGUCUAAAUAAACACAAGGCUGUCCAUUGCUAUUAAUUGGAGCUAUUUUUUUUUUUUUUUUUUUUGGAAUCAACAAAUUAAAUUUAAAUGAUAAUUUUAAAUACUUAAAAUACAAACUACUGAUAAGCACACGGCAGAAAAAUUCAACUAUUAAUUAAUAUAAAACUAUUCGCCAGACACUAUGCCACGUGUAUUUUAUAAUUAAGUGCAUAUGUAUAUUCUAAAUUAUUAAACAAACAAUAGGAACAACAACUACAGGCACACAUCGCCAAAUUUAAGUUUGAAUUAUAAAUAAAUUAUUUCAAACGUUUAACAAUUCAACUGCACAUACGCAAGCCAACAAAUAAACGAGACGAACAAACAAAAGUACGGAAAAGUGUGCGAAAAUUUUAAGGGCCAUAAUUAAAAAAGAAAUUUCUGAUACAAUCUUUGGUGUUGCUGUUUGCUAUUAGCCAUACUUUGAUGAGUUUGUCAACAACAAAAAGGCGACGUUAGAGCACAAACAACAGCAGCUGCCGGCAAUUUUUGCAUGUAAUGACGCUGUCUGUGGUGACGACGCGUAGAAUAUAUCAACAAAAAUUAAAAUACAAAAAUAAUAAUAAAAACGCGAUUCUAUAGCGAAACGCCAGUGACAACACAAAGCAUUCUGCAGUCAUUUGUGAUUUGUUGGUCAAAUUAAAAAAAGUAUAUUUGAAAUUUGCCGCCUAGUUCACAUAUACACUCAUAUACACACAUAUAAAUGUAUAGAUUUCUCUCACCGCGAAGGUUACCGAGAGUGCAAUAGAUUUUGUUGAUAGUUCAAACGUAAGUAGGCACAUUUAACCGUAAUAUAGCAUAAUCAGUGUGACAAUGGCUGCAAAUAAGCGCACUAUUGGCAUAAUUGUUGCUCUUGUGAUACUCGUGUGCGUAGUAGCUGGCGCCAAUUUGUAUUUUAUGUAUUAUCUGAACAUAGAAGAAGCGCCACAUGUAAGCAGCACUCGUGCUUUGGAGAAUAUGAUACGCCAGAAAAUUCGUGAACUACAUCCGGUGUAUUUAAAUCGUAAUCCGCGACUUUUUAUGUACCGUAAUAAAUUGUUGAAAAACUAUAAACCUGCGCCCUAUGAAAAUGCAACCGUCCUUUGGGAUAUUGCCAACUGGUGGCCGCAAGAAAAUGAAAUCUAUCCAAUUUACGACACCUCCAUGGCUCAACUUUUGCAAACAUUGCGCCUAGAACCAAUAACCAAAGUCACAAAUUUGGCAAAAGGUACGCAACUGAAAUUGCUCGUCCGUUUGGCGAAUAAACAAAAAGUGAUCUUCAAACCACAAUGGUAUGAGCGUGAAGCGGUUAUCGAGGGUACCGUUUAUGCAGGCAAAGAUCGACACACUGCGGAAGUAUACGCGUUUUAUUUGGGCGCCGUACUCGAUUUGAGGUGGACACCUAUCGUUGUGGGUCGUGUGGUGAAUUUGAAGACAGACAUUUAUGACAGAGGUGAUAGCGAGCUAAAGAAUUCAAUGACAAUCACAGAAACGGAGAAUGGUACCGAACAAUAUUGCCUAUUCGGCCGAUGUCAUUACUGCAACGAGGAGGAAACUGUGUGUGGUGAUGAGCAGAAUAAUAUAGAGGGUGUACUUAUAUACAUUGUACCGGGUUCCUUGGCAAAGCGGCGUUCGCCUUGGCAGCGUACAUAUAAAGAGGAUAAACGUGCGCCCUGGGAGGAUGACAUGAACUAUUGCAAGCCACUUAAAGAUAAAAUGGAAACAAUGCGUUUAUUGGAUCUCAUUGAUGCCGCUAUAUUUGAUUAUCUCAUACAAAAUGGGGAUCGGCAUCACUAUGAGACACGUGAGGAACGGCUGGUGCUCAUAGACAACGGUAAAGCAUUUGGAAAUCCCAACAAGGAUCAUCUGGACAUAUUGGCGCCACUAUAUCAGUGUUGCCUAAUACGCAAAACAACAUGGGAUCGUCUGCAAGUUUUCUCUGGUGGUGUACUCACCGAACUCAUUGAUCGUCUUUCCAAGCACGAUGCGCUAUUUCCUUUGAUCACAGAUAAGCACAAAAGAGGCGUAGAACGUAGGCUGUUAGUUGUCUAUGCAGUUGUCGAGUAUUGUAUGGACAGAGAGGGUGAUAAAAUGUUUAAGCAGCUUUAACUAUA